AUGGCUGCGGCGCUAGCGCGCCUGCUCUUCGGCUGGAGUCGUGCCGUCGUGCCCCAAGCCCAAGCCCUGGAAUCCGACUUCGAUAUCCUCACACACUACCCCAUACCUCAAUCACACCAAGCGCCCACCCCGGCCACCCAGCCCGAGGGCAGCUUCGUCAUGGACUCUACGUCCAUCAUGAUGCCCACUUCACCGGGCCAUGUGGUCUCUCUCCCACUCACAAACGGCCAUGGGUCUCCGUACGCGGCCGACACAACAAUGACAAACGGUCUGGCGCCCCAUAGUGACAGCGAUAUCUCCAACGCCCACGAAGCUGCCGCAUCGGAGCCAGCCUCUGAUGCCGAUGCACCUGGCGAGGACGACGACGAGGAAGAUGUGGAGAUGGCGCAAGACUCGGAUUCCUCUGAUGAUGUCGAUGCGGAAGGUGAGGCAGACGGCGACUACGACUCUGAAUCACCGCCGCCGGAGCAGGCAGAGAGCGACGACGCCCGCAGCUCAGCCUCUCAAGAGUCCAGCAGACCGUCGAAACGGAAGGCAAGCCCAGAAGGAGAUGACUACAUCACACAGAAUCCCGAGCUGUAUGGCCUGCGUCGUAGCGGUCGCGCCAGGCCUCAUCGUCGAGUCGUCGAUAGCAGCGAUGAAGAGGAUGAAUCUGGCUCUGAUAUGCCUCGCAAGCGACAGCGCACAGCCUCGCGCAAAGCGUCUAAGCAACCCACACCCGUCUUUCGAUCAGCAGACUCUGAGUCUGACUCUGAUGGCUACGUUGGCCCUCGUCGUAGCAUGCCCAGCAAGAAGGACCGACGACGGCAACUGCUCGUGGCCCAAGGAUCGCUGCCCCCGUCACAAGCGGAGGUCCGCUUCUCCUCGCGGCGCACUGCACAAGCUACCAAUUACAACGAAGAAGAGGAUGAAGAUUCCUUCCUAGAAUCUGAAGAUGAGAACACACCCGCCUAUUGGGCCAAUGUGCCUGAAGAGACCGGUCCCAUCAUCGACAAGGUGCUCGAUCAUCGCCCACCAGAGGGAACAGAAGUCGACCCCUCGUACGCCGAGAAGAAGGACUUCGAGUACCUUAUCAAAUGGCAAGACAAAGCACAUUAUCACUCUACAUGGGAAGAUUACCGGACAGCAGCCUCAUAUAAAGGCUUUCGGAAGCUGGAUAACUACUUCAAAGGUCCCGUCAUGGCUGACAUGUACGCUACCUACCGAAGGAAGCAAGAGCCUGAGGAGUACGAGCAGCACAUGGUUGCCCGUGAGACUGAGCGUCAAAGCCAGCUUGACUUCCAAGUCGUCGAACGUGUCAUUGAUUCACAAGAUGGUGAAGAUGAGACGGAGUAUUUCGUCAAGUGGAAAGGUCUGACAUACGAGUUCUGCACAUGGGAGCCUGCUUCCCUGGUCAGCCGUCUUUCGCAGAUCGAGAUCGACCGUUUCCUCGACCGCUCCUCGAAUCGUCCCUUGUCCGACUUGAGUGAGUCGAACAUAAAGACAAGACGGAAGUUCGUGAAACUCGACGACCAGCCUGAUUAUAUCAAGUUCGGCCGUUUGAGACCUUUCCAGUUGCAAGGCGUGAACUUCCUUGCACACAACUGGUGUAGGGGAACCAAUGUCAUCCUAGCUGACGAGAUGGGUCUCGGCAAGACUGUGCAGACCGUCUCAUUCAUGAACUGGCUGCGCCAUGAUCGGGGUCAAGACGGGCCGUUCAUCUGCGUCGUGCCUCUUUCGACAAUGCCGGCCUGGGCUGAUACCUUCAACAACUGGACACCCGACAUCAACUAUGUCAUCUACACAGGCAGAGAAGAUGCACGAAGCAUCAUUCGAGACAAAGAACUUCUCGUCGAUGGCAAUCCCAGGAAAAUCAAAUUCAACGUCUUGUUGACGACAUACGAAUAUGUUCUUGCGGAUUGGCAGUUUCUGUCGAGUAUCAAAUGGCAGUUCCUCGCCGUCGAUGAGGCGCACAGACUAAAGAAUCGCGAGUCUCAAUUGUAUGAGAAGCUGCGAGGAUUCAGCGCUCCAAGUCGACUUCUCAUUACGGGCACCCCAAUCCAGAACACCCUGGGUGAAUUAUCUGCGUUGAUGGACUUCCUCAUGCCAGGCAAGAUCACUGUCGAUGAAGAAGUCGACCUUGCGUCAGAGGACGCAAGCCACAAGCUCGCCGAGCUUAGCGAUGCAAUUCAGCCGUACAUGAUUCGCCGUACGAAAGAGAAAGUCGAGAAUGACUUGCCACCUAAGUCUGAAAAAAUUCUUCGCGUUGAACUGUCGGACAUCCAGCUGGAGUAUUACAAGAACAUCCUCACUCGGAACUACGAGGCUCUCAACGAGGGCGGUUCUGGCCAGAAGCAGUCCUUGUUAAACAUUGUCAUGGAGCUGAAGAAAGCCAGUAACCACGCCUUACUCUUCCCAAACGCCGAGGCAAAAUUCAUAAAAGGCGAUGCUACCAAGGACGAGACCUUGAAGGCCCUCAUCACUACGAGUGGAAAGAUGAUGUUGUUAGAUCGACUUCUGACCAAGCUCAAGAAGGAUGGUCAUCGUGUGCUGAUCUUCAGCCAGAUGGUUCACAUGCUGGACAUCUUGACAGAUUACCUCAAACUCCGAAACUACACAUAUCAGCGCCUGGAUGGAACUGUCCCUGCGAGCGAGAGGAAAAUUGCAAUAGACCACUUCAACGCUCCUGGAAGUGACGAUUACUGCUUUCUCUUGUCAACUCGUGCCGGUGGGCUGGGCAUCAACUUGAUGACGGCUGACACGGUCGUUCUCUUUGAUUCGGAUUGGAAUCCCCAGGCUGAUCUGCAAGCUAUGGCUCGAGCUCAUCGUAUUGGUCAACAGAAGCCUGUGAGUGUCUAUCGUCUCGUCUCGAAGGAUACGAUCGAAGAGGAGAUUCUGGAGCGAGCUCGGAACAAGCGUAUGCUGGAGUUCAUCACCAUUCAGCGUGGUGUCACAGAUCGCCAGCAAAAAGAGUUGAACGACAAAAUGAGUCGUGCUGCUACCGAACCAAACUCUGCAGACGACAUCAAUAAUAUCCUGAAGCGCCGUGGCCAGAAGAUGUUUGAGCAGUCAGGGAACCAGAAGAAGCUUGAAGAGCUUGACAUUGACUCGGUCCUCGAAAACGCCGAAGAACAUAAGACUGAGCAGGCUGCAGGUUUGACCUCUGACGGCGGUGCAGAGUUUCUUAAGAACUUUGAGUAUACCGAUGUCAAGAUUGACCUCGAGUGGGACGAUAUUAUUCCCAAGGAAGAGCUGGAGGUUGUGAAAGCCGAGAUCCAGCAGCGCAAGGACGAGGAGCAAACCCAAAAACUCCUUGAUGAGAGUGCUCCCCGCAAACGUAAGGCAGCCUCCGCGAGUGCACGCGAGCAACGCGCGGCGAAGAAGCGCGCUAUGGAGGCUUCCCGAGAUGUUGACGUGGACGACGAUGAGCCGUCAGAGGAUGACAACGUCAAACGUGACCCAAAGCGCCCUCUAAACACAAAAGAGACACGGAACCUGAUUCGUGCCUAUGAGCGAUACGGUUCCCUCGACGAGCGGGCUGAAGAGAUGCUCAAGGCCGCGAAACUGAGCGGUCGUGACAUGAACGUCGUCAGCAAUACCCUCAACCAAGUCAUCACCACCAGCCAAGAUCUUGUUAAACAAGAGCAAGCAAGGCUUAAGAAGCUGGAGGCCGACGAGAACCGUGCUAUCACGAAGAAGGACAAGAAGGCUGUACUAUUCGACUUCAAUGGCGUGAAGAAGCUGAAUGCUGAGACGAUCAUCGAUCGACCCAUUGAGAUGCGUAUCCUUAAAGAGGCAGUUGAGGGCGUGCAAGAUUGGCAUAAUUUCCGCAUCGCGGAUGCUAUCAAGCCAGCAAACUACUCAUGCCCUUGGGGUGCUCGCGAGGAUGGGAUGCUUAGCGUAGGUAUUUCCCGUCACGGUUAUGGUGCUUGGGUGCAGAUUCGGGACGACCCCGAACUAGGAUUGACGGACAAGUUCUUCUUGGAGGAACACCGUGUCGACAAGAAGGAGGAGCGGACCAAAGGCGACGAGAAGAAUGCGAAGUCCCCUGGUGCUGUGCACUUGGUUCGCCGUGCCAACUAUCUCCUUACUGUCCUCAAAGACAAGACGGGUGCCGAUCCCAACGCCAAGCGCCUCAUGGAAAACCAUCAUCGCAACAACAAGAAGCAUCACUUGAGCGCUGCUCGCCGGACCGACAAGGCAUCCAGCGUUUCAGCGAGUCCUGCGCCUGCUGGUCACGCCAGAAAGGUGGUAUCGCGCGAUCUCAGUCGUCCACUUCAACGCACACACAGCAACAGCGAGAAUCGACGGUCUGAGGGUCGACCUGACCACCGACAACACGACAAGCCUAGACAUAGUGACCAGUACCGCCCUUCCGAAACGCCCCGCAAUCGCGACGAUCGAGGCAGUGUUGACAGACGUUCGGAGCACCCUGAACGCACCGAUACACCAGAAUUCCGGCGAAAGGUCAGUGGUGAUUUAGAGCGACAACGGUCUAGAGAAGAUCGACCGCGUCCCUCGGAAGAACGACCUCGUGCGCCAAGUCAGGGUCAAAACCCCAACCGUAGUGUCGACUUGACUCCUAAGAUGAGCAAGGAGAAGAAGCCUGAAGAUUUCGUAGAGCGUAAGAUGCGACCAGUGCGCGACAAUCUCAGCCGUCUGAAGAAGGCGACGGCAAAGAACUAUCCACAGAAAGAGACUAUGGUCAAAGUGCUCAAGACCGAGUUGAUUGCUAUUGGCAACUUCAUCCGUGCAGAGACCCGUGAGAACGCCGAGCUGGAGGAGCGUCUGUGGAACUACAUGGUUAACAACCACUGGCCACGCACCGGCGUCACGGUUCCCCAGGUCAAGGGAAUGUACAGCAAAAUGCGAAGCUCUGAAAUGAACGGCAAACAGUCCACAACCCCACAACAGAGCAACGGGCAGAAGACAAAAUCGUAG